UUAACAUACCACUAACCUUUCGUCAGAAAAGAUCAUUUACAUCGGAGAAACCAGAGCAAGAGAUAGCGGAAAGAAAGGCGUCUACUUGCUAGGGCUCUCGGAAGAUCGAUUCCCCGGCGAUAACCCCGUCGGCGUUGAGUGGCGCGGGGGGGAUUUCGGCCAGCUCCUGACCUCUCUCUCAAUAAGAGCCCUGUUUGAAUUAUGGAAGACAGGCAGUGCCAGUUAGCUGUUGGAUUUUGGGAAGUUGCAUUGAAGAAUGUAGCAUUGAGGAAUUAGGAGCAAUAUAGCUAUGUACAUUCGGGUUAAGCGGAUGAAGACAACGUACUUCAUUCAAUGUGAUCCAACUGAGAAAGUUCUUGAGAUUAAGCAGAAACUGAAUGUCCUCAUUGACCAACCAGUUAAUGAUCAGAGGCUGACCCAUAUGCCGUCGGGGGAAGUUUUAGAGGACUCCAAGUCAUUGGCUGAUCAGAAGGUUGAGAAUGAUGCUGUAGUGGCUCUCACCUUGCGGAAAGAUGACAACAAGUUUGAAGAAGUCAACAUUGUCCGCCCAGAUGAUUUCUGCCAGUCUCGUGAUGCAGAAGGUGGCAGCUGGUGACCCAUCAAUGGCUUUUGGCUUUAAAGAACUGCUCGGCUUUCUAAUGCGAGGAGUGUAGGUCUAGAGAUGUAGAUUUCACAUGUGAUGCCACAGGCUUGGAGGUUUGUGUGUGUUACUACUGACUUGGAAGGCAAGUUUCUGAACAAAAGGAGCUUACACUUGAAGAAAGAAAGACAGGAGCCAACAAACAGCUCACUGUUGUAUGGAGAAUAGAAGAAGAAACAUACUGGAGCAAAGAACUCCCUCCUGAUUUUAACUCAAAAGUGAUAAAAACUAAUAACAAUUUACAUUUUUACUGAGAUGCGAUC